AAAAGAAUAAAUUAUCAGCUCAGAUCACAACCAUGGCUGAUCCACUGCACCUCGUUCUCCAAGAGCUCGUGAAGUUUGUCCGCGCCAACUCGCCUUAUUAUCGCGAACUGUACAAAACUCUAGAGCCCAAUGUUUCCGAUCUACAAAAGCUUCCUGUGAUCCAGAGCGAACAGUUUUGGGAAGCCAACACUGUGAACAACAACCGUCUCCUGACUGGGCCCAUAAUUGAUGGUGGCAUUUAUGCCAGUGGAGGGACAACGGCGACACCAAAGAUCUCCUAUUAUACUAGGGACGAGCUCCGGCGCCUUGUGCAAGCGUUGACCAUUGGACUCGUACGCUCCGGAAUCAUGCCCGGCGACCGCAUAGCCAAUCUGUAUAACGCAGGAGAUCUGUAUAUGGGGUUUCUGCUCCAGAUACUGUCCCUUCAAGAGUUCUCGAUACCAAACGUCAACCUCCCAAUCACAGGAAAUAUCGCGGCACAAGCAAUUGUCAACCAUCUAAAGAUCUUAAAGGCAACGGUCAUUUUCACCAACACGACGACGCUUUUGCGAGUGGCCGACCAUAUCUUGCAAGCCGGUUCGCCAAACGAGAACAUCCGUUUGAUUUUGUUUGCGGGAGAGUCUAUGUAUCGGGAUCUCCAGCCACUCUUGAAGCGUGCAUUCCCUCAGGCUAAAGUUGGCCCGCUCAUGUUCUGCUCUGUGGAUGCAGGAAUGAUUGCCCUACCGAUCAAACCUCUCACAGAGGAUGCGAUUGAUACGGAUGCUACAUAUGUCGUCAACUCCCCCUCUAUCAUUCUUGAGCUCUUGGACGACAACGAUAAGCCUAUAGUUCAGUCUGGUCAUCCCGGUCGUGUUGUGAUCACAGACUUGACCCGCAGGUUGCAGCCAGUGAUCCGCUACCCAAUGGGAGACGUUGGAGAAUGGGUUGACUUCAACGCCCAGACCUUUGCCGUCCGAGGACGCGAUGCCGUCGCUGUCAAGGUCAGCACCGUUAUCCUGGAACUGCCACUUCUGCGAAAAGUUCUUGCUGAGACGUUGGGAGACACCGUUCUCACAUUGUUUCAAACGGUGAUACGACGGAGAGAAAACCGCAACCAGGUGAUCUUCCGCAUUGCAAAUGGCAAAGAGCCACCGAAUCCAGAAUUGGUGGAAAAGGAAAUACAUGCAAAGCUGGCAAAACUACGUCCCCAAUAUGAGUACAAUGUGGCACAGCACAAUAUUUUCCCAAUUAGCUGCGAAUGGGUCGGAAUUAAGGAGCUGCAAUUCAAUGUGCGGACUGGAAAGCUGAAGGAUAUUAUUGACGAGCGUUAUUGA